CAGAGGCUGCUGAGUGGGAAGAAUGUCCCCCCGCGGCCGCCGUCCCUCCAGCUUGUUACAUUGUUGCAGAUCAGCUGUGUGGGAACUGCUGGAGCCGGUGGGAGGAGAGGAAGCAGCAGCAGCAGCAGCAGCAGAGCCCGGGGAGGGAGGUGAGCAGGGUCCGGGAAGCAGUGUACCCAGCCGCAGCUGCAGUUUACAUGGUUUAUAAGGUGAACUGAAACACUGGAUGUAGAAGCGGGUUAAGCAGAUCCACACAAGAUGACCCAUGUUCCAAUUGAUCAAUCGAACCUUCCUCGUGUCAACGAAGUUUGCCGGGACUUUGCAGUUCUUGAAGAUGGGGCACUGGCUCACUGCUUGCAGGAACAGGAAAUUGAGCAGCAUUAUGCUUCUAACAUCCGGAAGAAUAAGCUGGUCCAGAAGGACAUCCGUAUAGCCAAGAAACUCCAGGAUGAAGAAGAUAAGCAUUGCAAAGUCUUUAGCCUGGAGAAACAGAAGCAAAUUGAAGAGUUAGACUCUGAAUACGCUCGGGCUAUUCAGGAAGAGCUGCAGAGGAAAGCACAGGAAUGCCUGCAGAGAGAAGAAGAAGACAAGGAAAUCGCGAAAAGAUUGCAACAACUGGAGGAGGAGGAGCUGCAGCGGAAUGCACAGGACCGAUCCCUGGGAGAACCCGGCAGCCUGGAGCAGCAAUACCUGACAUCUUUGGACAAUGAGGAGGAGGAAGGCUACCCCUUCCGCAGCGAGAGCUCUAAGCAUCCAAAUGCCGCAGAGUACAGACGAGGACAACGAAGCUCUGAGAGGGAGCAUAGCUCAAAGCAUCCCGAGGAACUUGCUAGCAGAAUGAAUCCCAGCCGCGUGUCUUUUGGCCAAGUCUACUAUGAUAGUAACAACAGCGCAAAAAAUCCCAAAACACCAGAGCUGUGGAUAGAGGCGGGCCGCAAAGAACAAGCGCAGUUUCACUACAGGAACCAGAGAAGCUCGUUGGAGAGAAGUCCAUGUCAUUCAAGUGGUACUGAGUUGCCACCUGGCCAUGAUAGGGAAUUGGGUUUAAAAGAAGAGAAUGUACGGGUCCAUAAAGAAAAGCAUGGCAAGCAUCAUUCUGAUCGGUGCCGACACUCCAGCUCGGACAGCGACGACUGCCCUGAGCAGUGUGUCAGGGACAAGAGGAGCCGACGGUCACAGUGGAACCAAAAUCGAGAUCAUGGCCACCAUCGACCAUCCAAUAACCCUUCCUGCAGGAUAUCCAGCCAUGUUUUGAGAACAGGUGAGGAGACCAGGCCGAGCUUUGGUAUAGAACCACUUGAGUGGAAGAUGGCAGACCUUGACGUCCAGAGCCCCGACCAGCUCUUAAAGGAUGAAGAAUUAGCUCGUCGGCUCCAAGAAGAGGAGGAGAAGCGCAUUGCAAAACUGAAAGGUCCCAGUCAGCACGAGGACUUCCGGGCGGCUCAGGUGGCACAAGAUGAGGAGAUUGCGAAGUACAUCCAGCGGCAGGAACUGAGAGCCCACCGGAGAUCCGAGGAGCUGGAUGUGCCCGAGGACAGUGAUGAUGAUGGCAGCAGUAUUUGUAGCUUCACUGAGCGGAGGAGCAUAGGAAUGAAGAAUGAUGUGCCUUCUUGUAACCAAGGACGGUUGGACUCCGAAGGUCUGGCAUCACCUACAGAGUGUCGCCCACCUGAGAAAACAGAAAUUUCCACAUUGGAAGGAGGUCCUGACCAGACCAAGCUGCGGUCGCCCAGGAAUAUUGCAGAGGAGCUUGACCCCACAUUCAAAUCAAAGGAUUCACCUACAGAAGUGUUUGCAGUCUGUCAGCAAGACUUUCCAGUCUCUGCCCAGACCCAGCCUGUCCCAGUUGAUGGAUUUUAUGACUACAUGGACGAUGGCGCGGAGCCAAUAUUUAUACCGCCAACAAAAAGGCAGGCGGAGAAAUUGGGACGCAGUAAACCCAAAGACAAGAAGGAGGGAUGCAAACAACAAUGACUUAUGUAGUUUUUUUUUGUUUGUUUUUUUGUUUUCUAUUAUUAUUAUUUGUUUAAUUUUCUAGCAGUCAUCCUAUUGCCAAACUUUUGUGUUCAGUGUCAGUUCAUCGUUGUGGACUAUCUUCAACGUGCGUCAACACAAGUGGUAUUAACUCAUUCAGGGAUGAAGACGAUAAUCUGAUAUUCUGCAUUCAGGUGCCUUAGGCAUUCCUUUGACUAUAGAGAAUGGCUGUUUUAAUAAUACAGAGCCGAACAUCUCCGUUCGGCUAUGAAGAAGCACAUUUUAGCAACCUACUGUCCUGUCUAUUAGAACAAUAUUAUUACUAGCUGUGUUCUAUAAAAUCUGCAUAUGAUAAGCAUUGUGGCUUAUUCAUCUGAACCAUCAUGUAUGUGAAUUUAUUAUUUUUUCCCCAGACUACAAUUAAAAUUAAUAUACAUUUUGAAAA